GGUCUAUGAGAGUGUGGUCAGUAGGGUGGGGGUCACUUGAAUAGCCUGUGCCUCAGUUUCCCUGGUGGGGAAAGCAGUGGGGUGGCAGGUGGCUACCUGGGAGGGUUGCUGUGAGGAUCCUGGUGGUGAUUCACGUAAAGCCUGGGCCAGAUGCCCGGUGAGGGAGCUGUCACAGGAACAGUGCCACUCCUGCUUCUGUUAGGGACAUGUCUGUGUGCCUGUGGCACAGUCUGUGGGGCUGGGCUGAAGCAGGACUUGAAACUGACCUAAGCCCUUGGUUAUGGCCUUAUCAGCCAUUGACAAUAAUGAGAUAAGGACUGGGAUGAGAGAAAGUUUGUGAAAGCCCUUAGAUAAGCUAAGAAGAGCCACCCAGUGUUAGGUGAUGUCAUUUCUGCUUGGGGGCCUGGAAGGGGCUUGUAAGUCAAAGGCCUUUGCACCUAGGACUCGCUCGCAGCUCCAGAGUCCCGCCCCUGCCUGUUCCUUCGCCACUGGCCUUACCAGUUCCGAGGUGGCAGGAAGCCAUAGCCCCACCGCCUCCUAACUGUGCAGCUGUGGACAAGUGACUUCACCGCUCUGAGCCUCAGUUUCCCCACCUGUCAAAUAGAGAUCUGUCACCUCUGAGGCUCUUAGCUCGGAUGUAAGUGAGAGACAAUGGCAGAGGUCAGUCAGGGAUAAAAGAAGCUGCCUGUUACUGGCCACUGACUGUGUGCCAGGUGCUGUGCUUUUGUGAUCUCAUGUCAUCACUGAAUCCCUGGGGCAGGGGUGGGGGCUGCAUCACCCCAUUUCACAGCAGAGGAAACUGAGGCUCAGAAGUGGUAACUUACCCAGUCUCCCAGUGUGUAGGUGGCUGAACCAGGUUCUGAGCCCUGUCUCCAGCCCUCAAGCCUUCAUUCCUCAACAGGGGAACCCAUGAGGCUUCAAAGCAAGAUGUGGGGGGUGCUCUGCAAGGCCCCCUGGCUGAGUGGCCUUGGGUGGCCAGUGUCCAAGUGCCCCAAAGCCCUCGCAGCUGUUGGGGCCAAUUCCCAGCCUCUUCCAGGGAAGGAGCAAGCCCCAGGGCAGGGUUCUGGGAAGUCAGGAUUAUUAACUCCUUAAUGAGUGUUUAUAAGCUGAAAAGUGUUUGCCUGGCAUGUUCUCUCCCUGCUGAUAGCCGAUCUGGGCCUCCAGAAGUGAGGGGCACCCAGUGCCCUGUCCUGAGUGUGUUGAGGUAAAGGACCCCGGGCAGCCCAGUGCCUGACUUCUGGCUCAUGACAUUGGCAGCUUCUGGUGUCCGGAGACUCCCAGAGGAACCUCAGAAGGCUGUGAGCACCAAGGGAGCUGCCCUGCUUGACCUGGGGCCGUCUGUCUGCCUUCCCAUCUCUCUGCAUCUAUCCACCUCUCUGCAGAGCUGAGGCUUGACCCCAGAGCAUCUGUACAGAGCAAGGAAAGGACUAGAGCAUGCUCUAAAGACCUCUGCAACAAGACCCAGGAAGCUGAAGCUGCCCUGCCCCCCUGCCCACCAUGGCCUCCGCUGACAGGAGCGGCGAGAGCGUCUCCUCGGUGUCCAGCAGCCGCCUGCAGAGCCGGAAGCCACCCAACCUGUCCAUCGCCAUCCCUCCACCUGAGACCCCGGCCCCCAGUGAGCAGGCCAGCAUGCUGCCCCAGAGGCCCAGGAAUCCAGCCUACCUGAAGAGCGUUAGCCUCCAGGAGCCACGGGGACGAUGGCAGGAGGGCGGGUCGGAAAAGCGCCCCAGCUUCCGCCGCCAGGCCUCCCUGUCCCAGAGCAUCCGCAAGGGCGCGGCCCAGUGGUUCGGGGUCAGUGGCGACUGGGAGCUGAAGCGGCAGCACUGGCAGCGCAGGAGCCUGCACCACUGCAGCGUCCGCUACGGCCGCCUCAAGGCCUCGUGCCAGAGGGACCUGGAGCUCCCCAGCCAGGAGGUGCCCUCCUUCCAGGGCACCGAGUCUCCAAAACCCUGCAAACUGCCCAAGAUUGUGGAUCCCCUGGCCCGAGGACGGGCGUUCCGCCACCCAGACGAGGUGGACCGGCCCCACGCCCCACACCCACCGCUGACCCCCGGGGUCCUGUCCCUCACCUCCUUCACCAGCGUCCGCUCUGGCUAUUCCCACCUGCCCCGUCGCAAGAGGAUGUCUGUGGCCCACAUGAGCUUCCAGGCUGCUGCCGCCUUCCUCAAGGGUCGCUCAGUGCUGGAUGCCGCGGGACAGCGGUGCCGGGUGGUCAAACGCAGCUUUGCCUACCCUAGCUUCCUGGAGGAGGAUGCAGUCGAUGGGGCGGAGACAUUCGACUCCUCAUUUUUUAGUAAGGAAGAAAUGAGCUCCAUGCCCGAUGAUGUGUUUGAGUCUCCCCCACUCUCUGCCAGCAACUUCCGGGGGCUCCCACACUCGGCCUCCCCGGUCUCCCCCGAUGGGGUGCAGAUCCCUCUGAAGGAGUACGUUGGAGCCCCAGCGCCCAUGCCCAGGCGCGGAAGGCGCAUCGCCUCCAAGGUGAAGCACUUCGCCUUUGACCGGAAGAAGCGGCACUACGGCCUGGGCGUGGUGGGCACCUGGCUGAACCGCAGCUACCGCCACAGCAUCAGCAGCACCGUGCAGCGCCAGCUGGAGGGCUUUGACAGCCACCGACCCUACUUCACCUACUGGCUGACCUUCGUCCACAUCAUCAUCACACUGCUGGUGAUUUGCACAUAUGGCAUCGCACCCGUGGGCUUCGCACAGCAUGUUACUACCCAGCUGGUACUCAGGAACAAAGGUGUGUACGAGAGCGUGAAGUACAUCCAGCAGGAGAACUUCUGGAUUGGCCCCAGCUCGAUUGACUUGAUCCACCUGGGAGCCAAGUUCUCGCCCUGCAUCCGAAAGGACCAGCAGAUUGAGCAGCUGGUGCUGCGGGAGCAAGACCUGGAGCGGGACUCAGGUUGCUGCGUCCAGAACGACCACUCGGGCUGCAUUCAAACCCAGCGGAAGGACUGCUCGCCCGCUUCCAUCCUCCAGGAGACUUUGGCAACUUUUGUCAAGUGGCAGGAUGAUACUGGGCCCCCCAUGGACAAGUCCGACCUGGGCCAAAAGCGGACAUCGGGGGCCGUGUGCCACCAGGACCCCAGAACCUGUGAGGAGCCAGCCUCCAGCGGUGCCCACAUCUGGCCUGAUGACAUCACCAAGUGGCCAAUCUGCACAGAGCAGGCCAGGAGUAACCGCUCGGGCUUCCUGCACUUGGACUGUGAGAUCCGCGGCCGCCCCUGCUGCAUCGGCACCAAGGGCAGCUGUGAGAUCACCACCCGGGAAUACUGUGAGUUCAUGCACGGCUAUUUCCACGAAGAGGCCACACUCUGUUCCCAGGUGCACUGCCUGGACGAGGUGUGUGGGCUGCUGCCCUUCCUUAACCCCGAGGUCCCAGAUCAGUUCUACAGGCUCUGGCUGUCUCUGUUCCUCCACGCUGGUGUGGUGCACUGCUUGGUGUCUGUGGUCUUCCAAAUGACCAUCCUGCGGGACCUGGAGAAGCUGGCUGGCUGGCACCGCAUCUCCAUUAUCUUCAUCCUCAGUGGCAUCACCGGCAACCUUGCCAGCACCAUCUUCCUCCCGUACCGUGCGGAGGUGGGCCCAGCGGGGUCGCAGUUCGGCCUCCUCGCCUGCCUCUUCGUGGAGCUCUUCCAGAGCUGGGAGCUGCUGGAGCGGCCCUGGAAGGCCUUCCUGAACCUGUCGGCCGUGGUGCUCUUCCUGUUCGUGUGCGGCCUCCUGCCCUGGAUUGACAACAUCGCGCACAUUGUCGGCUUCCUCAGUGGCCUGCUGCUGGCCUUCGCUUUCCUGCCCUACAUCACCUUCGGCACGAGCGACAAGUACCGCAAGCGCGCCCUCAUCCUGGUGUCACUGCUGGUCUUCGCCGGCCUCUUUGCCUCGCUCGUCGUCUGGCUCUAUGUCUACCCCAUCCACUGGCCCUGGAUCGAGUACCUCACCUGCUUCCCCUUCACCAGCCGCUUCUGCGAGAAGUAUGAGCUGGACCAGGUGCUGCACUGACUGCCCGCUCCGCGGAGCCCGAUGCCACGGGACUGACUGCCAGGGUGGGGCUGCCUGCUGGUAUGGCCCUCCCCGCACUCCAGAAACACCCUCGGGGGUGCAGCCCUGCUCCCAGGAGCUCCCUCCUCCAGGCCCGGCUGAGCCCACGGGAGGCGGUCAUAAAGCAGGGUUCCCUGGGGGACUGGAGCCCUUCCUCGUCAGGUCCAGGCUGAGGGACACUCCGAACACGUGCUUCUCUGCAGCUCGGAGGCCCAGGCGCUGAUGUCCUCCCCACUCCCCUGCUUUCGGGACCACCUCCUGGGUUGGGUUUCUUUCUUCCCAGGGUCCUGGGCUGCUGCCCCUCUCCCACCUCAGCCUCUGCUGGUGCCUUUCCUCUCCCCGCUCCUGUGAGCCUGCCCUUCCUGGGGUUGUGGCUGGGGUUCCCACCAGGUUCCCAGCCCUGCGUCCCCACAGCCCCCUUCCUGUGUCCCCUCCCCUCUCUGCCCUGUGAAUCCACCCCCUGCAUCCAUCAGUGGCCUGUUAAGCCUGCCCAUAAUGCUCGGAGACUGUACACUGAGAGAAGCUCUGGCUGGGGUCUGGUGCAGAGGACCAAGGAGCAAGGAGACACAGUUAGACUGGGAAGCUGAGAGCCUCUGCUGUUCUUAGCAAACAGACGCUGCACCUGCCCCGCAGGCCCCCAGCCCUCCUUUGAUUCAGUGUUCUGCCUCAUGGGGCUGGACUGAUGCUGGCCAGCCCCACCACCCUCUGUCUCACUCCCGCCCACGUGGGGGCAGGACCACCCCAGGGACCUGCUUCCAGGGGUUGCCCAAGGUCAAUCAGGCCCUUUUUUUUUUCUACCAGUUUAUAUUAUGGCCCUAAUUUUUUAAAGUAACGCUAACUUUGUAUGGAUGAUGUCUGAAAUGUAUUAAGUGAUAUUCUUUAGAGAAACAUUAUCUUUUAACCUGAGGCCUCGGGUAGAAUAAAAGCUGGAAAUUUA